AUGCCCGGGAUAGGGGCAGUGGGAGCGCGGUGCAGGCACCGGCCGAGGAGGAGCCCCAGGAAGGACCCCGAGGCCGAGGCGGGCCAGGCCGGGGCCGCCAUGGACGCAGCGAUCUGGAUCUAUCAGUUCCGGCUGAUCGUGCUGGGCGACUCCACCGUGGGCAAGUCCUGCCUCCUGCACCGCUUCACCGAGGGCAGCUUCCCCGGGCCGCUGCACUGCGACCCCACCGUGGGGGUGGACUUCUUCUCCCGCCUGGUGGAGAUCGAGCCCGGCAAGCGGGUCAAGCUGCAGCUGUGGGACACGGCGGGGCAGGAGCGGUUCAGAUCAAUAACACGAUCUUAUUACCGCAAUUCUGUUGGCGGCUUACUGGUGUUUGACAUCACAAACCGGCGAUCUUUUGAACAUGUGAAAGACUGGCUAGAAGAAGCUAAAAUGCAUGUACAGCCAUUUCAAAUUGUGUUUCUGUUAGUUGGACAUAAAUGUGAUUUAGUGUCACAGCGUCAAGUGACAAGAGAAGAAGCUGAAAAACUUUCAUCUGCCUGUGGUAUGAAAUACAUAGAAACCUCAGCAAAAGAUGCCACAAAUGUUGAAGAAUCCUUUACGAUUCUGACCCGAGACAUAUAUGAACUUGUAAAGAAAGGAAAAAUUUCUAUACAGGAUGGAUGGGAAGGUGUUAAAAGUGGCUUUGUUCCAAAUGUUGUCCAUUCAUCAGAGGAGGCUGUAAAGCCUAGAAGACGAUGCAUCUGCUGAACUCAUAGCAUGCCAAAGGCAUAUCAGGUGUUUAGAGAAUGAUACCAACAUAAAUAACAUAAUUCUGAAGACAUAAUAGAUCAUGAUGUAGCUGAAUCACCAAAAUAUAAUUCAUUUUUGUAUCAUUUUGUCUAAUUCAUAACUUCAUAACAUUUAAAGUGCUUUUUUCCCACAGAACAAUAACUUUGAGCAGUCUUCAAGAAAAUAAAUUAGAUAUUGCUUAAGGAAAAAUAUGUGCUAAGUAGCAAGAUGAUGAGAAAGUGCAAUAAUCAUCAUGGUAACAUCCUUUAUGGGCUUUGUAUUUUGAACAGAGUUUAAAAUCAAGCUCUUGUAUAUAGGCCAAGUGCUGAUAAGCUCGUUGCUCCAAAUCAUCCUGCCUCCAUUUUGGGAUAAAAAAUAUUAUAACCUGUACUUUUUUAAUUGUGAUUCUUCAUUCAUGAAGAAUGGAUUUGCUAAAAGACAGCUAAGAUUUAGAGCACUGUCGAAUUUCAUAAUAUAAAUCACUUUGAAGAAAGCAAACUGAAAGAUUGCUCCAUCAGCAAACACUUUUGUUAUGACUGUGAAUACAAGCCUUACUAAAGAAAAAGAAUGUAUUUGAGAAGACUAAUAUAUUUAUAUCCUAAAACAGGGAAUAGAAGAAAUGAAGUUUAGUAUGAAAUAUUUUCUGAAUCACCAGUGUAACUAGAUGUAAUACAACAAAUGGUAUAGCCAUUAUUCUAGAUGCAUAGAAAAUAGGUUUUCCAACUACUAGAUACCAAGAAAGUAAUUUAAAAUUUGUGAAGUGUAAAAUUUUUGUUAAAAUAGGAGUUGCUAUAGGCAAGUACGAUGGUUGUGUAUUUUAAGGAAUCAGUUUACACUUCUGAACUAUAAUAAUUAAUUCAUCCAUGAAAAUAUUUAUCACAGUUGAUAACCUAAUAUUUAUAGGGCCAGAUCCUCAGCUGGGAUAAUUGGCAUAAAGUUAUGCCAAUUACACAAGGUGAAGAUCUUGUCCACUAGCUUUAGAGAAUAAUUCUGAUUCUGACUAGGAGUAAGAUUCAAGAAAAUAUUUAGGGCUAUGUCCUAAGGGGACUCCUGCCCUGAAUAUGGAGAAAAUAGGGAUUGGUUUAUUCUCAGACACUUUUUGUCAAAUUGUGGUCCACAGAAUGAAAGGUUCUGAGAAUCUUGCAGUUGGGAAUUGGCCUGUUGGGAGGGGAGAGAGUCCAUAAGAGGAUUUCACUCUUAAAAGGUAGACAUAGAAUGAAAAAAGUUGGAGUAUCCCUGUUCUAAGAAAACAAAGAACACUGAAUCUUAAACUAAGAAAUUUGACCCAGCAAACCUGCUGCAUUUUAACUGACCUUGGGCUCACCUUCGUAACUACCUAUGGGCAUAACAAUACUUGCUUUGUGCAGAAUAUUCCUCUAUGUGUCACUUAUAUGCCAAGUAACCCGAUGUCACUUGUAUCCUGGUGGCAAAACAGAUGGAUGGCGAUGAGCGCUUACCUCUGAAUCAACUGCACUAAAAAUCCCUUGACUUCAAAUGGCAUUGAACGGAACUCUUCAAGGGCCUUAUUCCCAUUUAUAUUAAGGCCCCUUUAUGCUGGCAGAGUGAUAUAAAGGGACCUUAGCAUAAAUGGGAAUCUGGCCUAAGAUUCUAGUGCCAUACUAUCAGGGGCUGCUCUAGACAUUUCGCUGCCCCAAGCAUGGCGUCAUGCCGCGGGGGGCGCUUUGCCAGUCGCCAAUCCCACAGCUCUGGUGGACCUCCCAAAGGCGUACCUGUGGAGGAUCCUCUGGUCUCGCGACUUCGGGAGGACCCUUCGCAGGUAUGCCACCGAAGGCUGCCUGCCUGCCGCCCUCCAGGCAACUGGCAGAGCGCCCCCCGUGGCAUGCCACCUCAAGCACGCGCUUUGCAUGCUGGGGCCUGGAGCCGCCCCUGCAUACUAUAGCAGUUAAUAUAAAUCUGCUGUGUGCCGUGAACUAAACUAUUCCUGUGUAUUACAUGCUGCUAGAGGCAAGGUGCCUGAUUCUCCACUGACUUUCACCUUUUAGAGCUUGUCAAUACAAACACUUAGUUUACAGCUAGCUGAGGUGGUGCAGCACGUUAAGGGUAUGUCUACAUUGCAAAGGAAACCCCAUGGCAUUGAGUCUCAGAGCCCAAGUCAACUGCCUCAGGCUUGCGGGACUCAGGCUGCAGGGCUAAAAAUAGCAGCAUAUCAUUUGGGCUGGUGCCAUGCCCCCCGCUUUUUAACAUGGGUUUAGUUUGGGGGGGCAGGGUUGGUCUCGGGCUUACAGUUUGGGGGGGCAAUACUGCCACCAAGCGCAGCCCAUGCCAGCACCACUCCGCACCUGCAUGAGGCUUGCAGUUUGGGGGGGCAACGCUGCUCCCUGCUACCCAAAAUAUGAGCAUGUUAAAAUAGGGGAGUGCAUAGCCCCCUGGUUCCAGCAUCGCCCUCCCACUGUUACAAAGAUUCCAGGGCCCUUGCUUAUAGGUCUCAAAAUAUUUCCUCAUAGCUUAUAAGAGAGACAGCAAAGUCCAAUGGCUAAAGCAUCAGACUGAUAGUGAGGAGACCUGAAUUCUGACUCAUUGUGUAACCAUGGGCAAGUCGCUUGAGCUCUGUGCUUCAGUUUCCUCCUCUCUAAAAUCGGAAUGAUAAUUCUUACUCACCUUUGCAAAGCUGUUGAGAUCUAGCAUGACUAUAAACCCUUGGGGGCAGGGACCCUUUUACCUGUGUGAUUGUACAGCACUGUCACAAUGGAGCCUGGAGACUAUGGCUUCUACCACAACGCAAAUAGUUACACAGAUGAAAAGAGCUAUGUAAGUGUUAAGUAUCAUUAUUUUAAGUCUACAUUUAAUUGCAUGCAUCCCCAGCUCAAAGUUGUUCAUUUGUAAAAAAAAGAUUCCUGAACGCCCUGGAGUCAACACACUUUUCUUUCUAUGUGGAAGAUUUUUGGUGUGGGAACAUUGGGGAAAUGUUGGGGA